AUGGUGACCGUGACGAUUGAAGCCGCCAGCAAGAAGCUACGACUCGCUCCAGAUCUCCCAUACACAGUCUCGUUUCCGGAUCCGGACGCGGCAACGAUUGAAGAUGUGAAAAAGCUCUUGCGCGUCAAGUUUCCCAAACUUCUAAUGGAACGUCAACGGCUUACGCUGCCCACAACGUCGCCUGACGCAAAGGGACGAGCCCCAAAGGAUUCGGAAUCACUGACGGCAGCUGGUCUCGCAAACGGAGGGACACUUAUCUCAAAGACCUCGGUCCUCAAAUCAGCUGGACGACCGUCUUUUUGA